AUGAAUGCAACAUCCACGCAACAUGACACGCAUGUGAGAUGGUGCACGACAUCUGCAGCAGAGAAGAAAAAGUGUGACGAUUUGGCAGCCGUAGUCACACAGAUCACCUGUGUGCAGAGAGAGGGGUCAGAGGCCUGCAUCAAUGCCAUCAAGGCCAAUGAAGCAGAUGCAGUCACCUUGGAUGGAGGUGAUAUCUACAAAGCCGGUCUCCUCAACAAUGACCUUCAUCCUAUCAUUGCUGAGGAAUAUGGACAAGACUCCGACACCUGCUACUAUGCUGUUGCCAUAGCGAAGCAGGGCAGUGGCUUUGGAUUUCAUGAGCUUAGGGGAAAGAAGUCUUGUCACACGGGUGUGGGGAAGUCUGCCGGCUGGAACAUCCCCAUUGGGACGCUGGUGGCACAGGGUGAGAUCCAGUGGAAUGGCACUGAUGGGGAAUCCAUCGAGGAAGCUGUGUCCAAGUUCUUCUCUGCUAGCUGUGCCCCUGGAGGGACCCAGUUCCCCAAACUGUGUGAGCUGUGCUUGGGCAACUGCUCCCCAACGCAAGAUGAGCCCUACUACAACUAUGAUGGAGCCUUCCGGUGCCUGAAAGAUGGAGCCGGAGACGUGGCCUUCGUGAAGCACACCACUGUCCCAGCCACAGAGAAGGAGGGAUAUGAGCUGCUGUGUAGGAAUGGCAGCAGAGGGAGAGUCGACGACUACGCCACCUGCCACCUGGCCAGAGUGCCUGCCCACGCCGUCGUCAGUCGCAAGGACCCUCAUCUGGCAUCUGCCAUCUGGGACAGCCUUCAAGAGGCCAUGAAAUUCCCACUGUUCUCAUCGGAAGGCUAUUCAUCCAAGAACCUGCUAUUCAAAGACUCUGCUGUUGGGCUGGUGCAACUGCCAAAGACCACAGAUUCAUUCCUCUACCUGGGGGCAGAGUACUUGAGCACCAUCCGCUCCCUCCAGCCAGGUCCAGCAGGGCUGUCCCGCGCAGUGAGAUGGUGUGCAGUGGGACAUGCUGAAGCGCAGAAGUGUAACCAGUGGAGUGUCAGCAGUAUGGAUGAGACGGGCGUGGCCAAGAUUGAGUGCACGCAUGGUGCCAUUGUGGACCAGUGCAUCCGGAAGAUUAUGCGCAAUGAUGCAGACGCCAUGGCAAUGGAUGGAGGGGACGUGUACUCUGCUGGGAAGUGUGGCCUGGUGCCAGCCAUGGUGGAGCAGUACGAUGCAGAGAAGUGUGCCACAGGGGAAGGGGCUGCCUCCUACUAUGCAGUGGCAGUGGUGCGGAAGGGUUCAGGACUCUCCUGGAGCGGGCUGAGAGGGAAGAAGUCCUGCCACACGGGGUUGGGCCGCACUGCUGGCUGGAAUGUCCCCAUGGGCCUGAUCCACAAGUACACCAGCGAGUGUGACUUCUCCAAGUUCUUCAACCAGAGCUGUGCCCCAGGGGCGGAGCCUGGCUCUUCCCUCUGUGCUCUGUGUGCCGGGAGCGGUGUAGGAGGGGAGCAUAAGUGCCAGGACAGCGCUGAAGAGCUGUACUUCGGCUAUGCUGGGGCCUUCAGAUGUUUGGUGGAGGGUGGCGGUGAUGUCGCUUUUGUGAAACAUACCACAGUUCUGGAGAACACCGAUGGAAACGGUGCUCCCUGGGCAGCGACCCUCGGUUCAGCUGACUUUGAGUUGCUGUGCCCGAGUGGCCCCACCAGCACUGCCCCCGUUUCUGAUUACCUGACCUGCCAUCUGGCUAAAGUUCCCGCCCAUGCCGUUAUGACCCGCCCCGAGAGCAGAGCCCGUGUGGUCACAGUCCUUAACCAGCAGCAGGCCAGAUUUGGGUCUUCUGGCACAGACACCUUUAGGAUGUUCCAGUCAGAGGGGCGAAAGAACCUCCUUUUCAAGGACUCCACCCAGUGCCUUCAGGAAGUCCCAGCAGAGCAGGACUUCCAGGACUUCCUGGGUGCGGAGUACUUUGACUCUGUGACAUCACUCAGGAGGUGCGGAAGCGUGUCAGACCUGGAGCAAGCCUGCACCUUCCAUACCUGCCAGCAGAGGGUGUAGAGGAGCAAGCCUGCUGGGAAGACACAUGGUGAACAGUUAUAUAACCAUUAUACUUCUGUCUUAAACUCCAACUCUUACUCUUAC